ACGAAACCUCAAGGGGUGACAAGUGAACUCGCUCAUAACAGUUAGAGCGUGUUUAAGUCAAGGGAGGACUGAGCAGCAAUGUCUGUAUAUCGGAAUAUCGUCUGGUUCUUAAAGGGAAUGAAUGAAUAUACCAGGAAUGGCUUUGAAGCAGCUUCCAAGCACUUUGUGGAUAAGGACAUGGAGGUCUCAGUAGCAGGACGAACCUUCAUGAUCACAGGAGCCGGCAGCGGGAUUGGAAAGGCCACGGCUCUGGCCAUUGCCAAGAAAGGUGGUACAAUCCACAUGGUGUGUAGGAACAAGGAAAAAGCAGAGAAGACCAAAGCAGAAAUUGUGAAAGAGACAGGAAACAAGGAAAUUUAUGUACAUCUCUUGGACAUGUCUGAAAUGCAGAAAGUUCUGGAAUUUGCAGAGGGCUUCAAGAAAAAGUACAAGCAGCUGAACGUGCUGAUCAACAAUGCGGGCUGUAUGUUGAAACAAAGAGAGGUAAACUCAGAGGGCUUGGAAAGGAACUUUGCAACAAACACUCUGGGGGUUUACAUUUUAACCAAGAGUUUGAUUCCCUUACUAGAGAAAAGCAGUGAUCCCAGAGUGAUCACAGUAUCUUCGGGAGGAAUGCUGGUUCAGAAGCUCCAGAGCGAUGAUCUGCAGUCAGAAAAUGAUCACUUUGACGGGACUAUGGUCUACGCGCAGACCAAGAGGCAGCAGGUGGUGAUGACCGAACAAUGGGCAAAGGCUCAUCCCAACAUCCACUUCUCCGCCAUGCAUCCCGGAUGGGCUGAUACCCCAGCCAUUGCCAUGGCGAUGCCGGAGUUCCAUCGUGCCAUGCGAGAGAAGCUGCGCAGUGCAGAGCAGGGCGCUGACACGGUAGCGUGGCUGAGCGUCUCCCAAGCCGCUGUCACUUUGCCGAGUGGCUACUUCUUUCAAGAUCGGAGACCAGUGUCAGCCCACCUCCCCUUUGCCUGGACCCAUACAUCUUCUGAACAGGAGCAGAAAUUCAUGACCCGGCUCGAGGAGUUAUCAAAGUCAAUUCAGGCUCGCUGACUGACUUGCCAGACAAGUUCUGUGUGUACUUGACUAGUUCAUUAAGAGCCCAUAUCCCAGUAUUAACUUGAAAAGAACUGUAGUCUCUCCUGUGUGACCACCCCAAUGAUAUUAUUAACCUAUGCUUACUUGGUCUACGAUACUAGUGAUAGUGCCCAUAUUAAACACUAAAUUGAUUUUUCCAAAGCACUUUCUUGGACUGAAACAACUUAACUCAGCCCAGCGGGCUGGACCUUUGCUUCCUCAUGACCAAAAUACAGGCAAUAAACCCAGACCAGUGUUGGUAUGAUAUGGGAGAGGAAGGAGUGCAGUGUGUUUGAUAAUUAUUCCUCCAGACAAAUUGGAUCUCAAAAAUCCCCUGUGCCAAUGUCCUACUCCACAGCAUUCAAGCAAACGUUCUGGCAUACCUAGAACGUAAAAAGCACAAAUCUGCUAUACCAGACCAUCUCAAUUCCUUCAUGAAUAGCAGCUGAAAGUACAUGGAGGCUAUGCACACCCUUGGCAAUGAAGGGGAAUGCAGACUACGGACAGUUAAGGAGCUUUAUCUUCUCAUCCAGCAUUCUGUAGACUUCUCUCUGAGACCUGCCUACAUUUUGUCCUUGAGACUGCAGAUGAAUGGUACAUAUGUGGUGGGCUGAAUGUUCUUCAUUGUAAAGGGGAAGGGGGCCUCUGUUCUGUUUACACCGGGACGGCCCAUUUUUUGGACAUAAUUCAACAGUGUCAGUGUUACACUUCAGUUCUAGGGGCACGUAGCCUGCACUGUUGGAAUAGGGAGAACUCAAAAACUACAAUAAUGCUAUGAUGUUUGACAUCCUGCUAGAAAAUAAAUCAGAACCACUGCCAUGCCUGCUGCUGAUGAAAGAAGGAAAUAAAUGUUGCCAUUUCGCUACCCUGAAUGCGUAUGAGAUUGACAAAUGGUUAAUUUAAAUACAAUAAAAAUGAUUUAAAAUUG